GAUCCAGUGACACUGUAUCAUUUUACAAAGACUGACAAUUAUUUAUGUAAACAAAUAAAAUGUUUGUACAUCGUGAAUUGACGGAGGGGAUUCAUUGAGGGAUUACAAUCUUGGUGAACAUAGAGAUCAUCAUGUGGAAGUGUCAUAAAUGUGGAAAGCCUGUCUACUUCGCUGAGAGAAAACAGUCGUUGGGAUACGACUGGCAUCCUGAGUGCCUCAGGUGUGAAGAAUGUGGUAAAAGAUUAAAUCCUGGACAACAUGCUGAGCAUAAAGGAGUACCAUAUUGUCAUGUCCCCUGUUACGGAGCUCUAUUCGGUCCUCAAUUAUUUGGCCAUGGGACGAGAGUUGAAUCUCACACGAGUUUUGGUAAAAAGGAGCCCCGAUCAACGCUUCCACGAUCGCAUUUGGAGAAUAAACUGAAGCUGUUCAACCAGUAUUACGAAGGUAAAAGUGGUGGAAUUCGAAGUCGCGAAGUGAAUGGUCGGUUGAUUCUAGAAGGAGCUUUAAGAAUCUACUGGGGAGUGCGCGGAGUGAUCCACUUGAAAGAAGACGACGAUCAGCGAACAGUGGUAACAGCGAGGAAUCGUAACUCCUGCAGGAGAAGUUAUUCAGAAAAAUCGGAAGACGAGGAUGAAAAAUUGGAGACUGCCCCCAAAGACUUGUCACCAACUGAGAGUCAGCUGGAGAGCGAGCCAAACUCACUUCCCACAUCUCCAGAUCACCUGAAGAGCUUGACUCUCCCGAUGAAGCUAGACGUGAAGAACAUGGAGCUGGAUGAAUUGGACGAGUUGCUCCAGGUGGAGAGAAAGAUCGAGGAUGGGGAAAAAUUGUAUCAAACAAUGCCGGAGAGUCUUCCAUCCUUGAGUACACAUUCCAGUACAGACACCCCACCAUUGUCGACUCAAUCGAGUGUUGAUAAUAGUGAUAAGGGAACAGCCAGUCCCCAGAAGAACGAGAGCAUGAGCAGCACUCCAACCCACAGCAUUGACUCCUCCUCUGGAACAGACACCCCAAAUUUCCAAGGAACACCCAGCAGAAAUGGUACCCUGAGGAGAGUGGAAUACUUCGACAGUCUUGAAAAAAGUAACAAUCGUUCCAUCACCAACGACGACAGCUGGAUCGAGAAGGGACUGAAUAGGUCGAUGUCAGGGCCUGAUUGCCUCCAGAGGAACCGAGGGGACAGUGACACCGAGUCUGUCAAUUCUCUGCAGUUCAGAGAGGACGACAACAUGACUAUGUCCACUGAUAGUGGACUGGAGCUCGAUGGCGUAGUCCUCAGGAGGAAACAGGGCAGCACUGCAAUCAGGAGACGUCCUGGGGGACGAAGGCAGUCCAGGGGAAGGCUCAGGCGCAGGUGCUCCAUCAAUGGACAUUUUUAUAAUCGAGAGACCAGUUUCUUCACUCCUCCUCAUGGCUCACAGAUGUCUGUGUGGGUCACUAGUCUUGUUAGCACUCAGGAGGUUAUCAAUUUGAUGCUUGACAAGUACAAGGUCGAUGCCAGACCUGCUAAUUUUGCCCUUUUUGUCGUCAGGGAUAAUGGAGAGCAGCGGAGAUUGAGAGAAGAUGAAUAUCCCCUGGAGGUCAGGGUCGUCCUGGGACCACAUGAGAAUGUUGCUCGUCUCUUCCUAGUCGAUAAACUCUCAACCCCUGAGAUCAGUUCUGAUGUUGCCCAGUUUCUCAAUCUUUCGUUACCUGAGUGCCAUGGAAUCCUCCAGAGAUAUCAUUAUGAAGAGGAGAGACAAAUUUUGCUGAUGAAAGAAAAGUACAAGGAAAUGCGGCGUCGAAUAAAGCAACGCAUGGAAGACCUAAAAGUUCGGUUAUAGAUGAAAAAUAAUCGAUUAAUAUUUUGUCGCAACGUAUUUACGCGAUUUUUUACGACUAGUUUUUUUUCAAACGAAAUUAUUAACAUAUUUGUUUAACGUUCCACUUAGGAAAUUGUUUAAGCAGAUAAGGCUAACGCAUUUUUUUUUUUAUUUCAACUUUUCUACUGUGAAUUUUUACGAGUGCAAUUUAUGUUUAAUGUCAUGCGCUGGAAGAGGAAUAUUCCAAUGUAAGGCAGGCCACGUUUUUGUGUGAUGGUAACGUGAUAAGAACAAACAACAUAUCGGUUUUAUUCGUUGGAAGAAAAAAGGCUUAAGAGCGACUAGCUCUGGUCGUUCGCUUGUAGUCCCAUGUUUGAUGCUCUUUUUCAAGUCGAGUUUUUUAUAUCGCAAUUCUAGGUAGCUAUUGGUUCGAGGCUAUAUGUGCCACAACUUCGUGUUUUUUAAUUAACAAAUUAUUUUUAAUCUAUCAUUAACCCGAGAUCUGAUGAUUUAUGAUCUUUUUUAUAGGCAAAUUUUAGUCAGCUUUUAUACUUUUUAUUUUAGCCCGAGAAUUUCAGACUGCUGUGAAUUUAGCAUUUUUUUACAACUUACUGAAGAUAAAAUUGCAUGAGAUUAUUAUUCUGUGUUUGAACGAAAAAUGUAAUGAGUUGAAUUAUAUAAUUCUAUAAACCACCGAAUUAUAUUCAGAAAGAUAUUUCCAGGUGAAAUAAUACUUGAAUGUUUCAACGAAAAAAAAUCAAGUAUAAAAGAGGCAUUUUUUGCAAUUGAGAGCUGGAUUUUUUCAUUUUUCCAUUACAUUUACAAUUUCAACUCAGAAUUCGGUAGAAAAUUAAUUGCUUUUAUAAAACGGACAAAUAGAUUAAUUGACUUAUUGAGUAGUGAGAGGAAAUAUUUUGGAAGCCGGCGUUGAGUCGACGGUGGAAGAGAGAUAAAUAACAAAUAGUGAUUUAUCGAUAAAUGCAAUACGAGAUUAAUCCACGAUACCAACAUGAUCGAAUUACAAUAAAAAUCCAAAUUAUCCACCAAAUUUUUCAACUGAAAUCUUAAGUUCUUCAAAUUAACAAUUUCACUGGAAUAUUCCAUGAAAAAAUAGAAUUCCCCCAUAAUUUGACCCCCGAUAAAAUUGAGAAUAAUAAACAAUUGAUGCAGUGAUAGACGAAAUGGUCAACGAAUUACGAAAGGGAAAAUAAAUGACUAAAUAAUUGUAAUAUACGACAUUGUAAUGCAGAACUGUACAAGUCAACUUUAGCAUGAAUAAAAAUAUUGUUUCUUUGUAA